CUUUCAGCAUCUCCUUUGAUCGCUUCCGCUCAGUACACGCACGACCAUUACCCCCUCACAUCCGCGGGCAGACAAGGCGACCGCCACAAAGGACUGUUGCAAGGCUCUACGCUGCGCGCUUUGGAUAUGAUUUAGGACCAUGACGCGCCCACAGAUUAUACGGGCAGAUACCCUGGACCUGCAGGACAAAGCCUCCCCUACCGCCCAAGAUCACUCCCGUCAGCCGCAGCAGCCGGCAGCUCUAGGUGUGGGCGCUGCAGCCCCCCAUCAACAGUCUACAUUGCGACAAGUCGACCAUGAACGUCAUUCCGAGGAAGCCCGUCUCCGCAGCAGCACAUGGAGUGACGCCGACACGUUAAACGACGGCCCAUGUUCUGACGACGAUCGCACUGUCGUGAAUGGCGGUGGAGGCGACAGUGACCCACAACGUGACGAACAGGCCGUCAGACUCAACGGUGGCCUCGCUGGAGAUGCGGACGACGCGGAUAUGCAUGAUGCCGACAUCGACGAGGAUAUGGACGACGACAUGAUGGACAAGAUUUCCAGUUCGCCUUCAAUCGACGAUGGUGGGUAUUCCUUACCUUUUCUCUCGCAACGUCGACCUGAGCAGCAUUCUCCUUCUUCUUCUUCUUUGUCAACAUAUGAGGGAUCUUCCUCUCCUUUUACAGCAACCCCUCUUCAUCUUCCACUGCCUGUGACUGCCGCCCAAAGUGUAAGCUACCCGGCUGGCGGCGCAGCUACCAUUUCCCAGUCCUCUCAACGGUCUUAUCCUGUUCCAUUUCUCCUUCAGUCAUAUGCCAGAGGAAAACGCAAGUCAGAAGAUCAUCAUCGUGGUGAGUAUAACCGGACCUCCGACGACGAAUCGACUAUGAAGGGCCACAAACAGCCACGUCUUGUGGCCGAAAGUCCUACUGCCGGCCGGCUGAGGAAAAUGGAAGCCCGCCUGGAAACCAUUCGCGAUGAUUCACAAAUGUCUCUGAUGUCGGAGCUGGACGAGGGCGAGGUUCAGAGACUCUUACAACCGAUGCGUAAUCUACUAGCGUCAAAGGCAGAGCCACUUGGAGAAUCCGGCAAUUCCCAUGCCAACCACGACGGGAUCCCCAAGGGAGACGAUGAUGAGUGGGUUACCGACAGUGAUGCCGAUUCCUGGGACAUGGAGGCCGCAAACGAUGAUGAAUCUAAUGACGUUUCCUUUUCCGAAGAUCCACGAUAUGUCGACUCCGGCUGGGGAGGCGAAUGCUUACGAGAGACAGAGGACAUCGAUUUCGAAUUCGUCUAUGCUCUGCACACGUUCGUUGCGACUGUCGAAGGCCAGGCGAACGCCACCAAAGGCGAUACCAUGGUUCUUCUCGAUGACAGCAACAGCUACUGGUGGCUUGUCCGGGUUGUCAAGGACAGCAGCAUUGGGUAUCUACCUGCCGAGCACAUCGAGACGCCUACAGAAAGAUUGGCCCGACUUAACAAGCACCGAAACAUUGACCUUUCUGCGACAAUGCUGGGCGAUACAGCCGAGAAGACGAAGAAUCCCCUGAAGAAGGCAAUUCGCAGACGAAAUGCCAAGACGGUGCAGUUUGGGUCGCCGACAUAUGUUGAACCAUCCGACUACGAUUAUUCGUCGGAUGAUGACGAGGAACUGUUCGGUGGCGCAGAUCCGACUCAGACCCAGACUCAGACUCAGGCGCAGGCAGCCACUGAGAGGUCUGAAGUCGAACAGGAUGAGAGUCUUAAAGUCGAACCCCUCAAGGUCGGAGGUGUAAAGAAAAGUUUCGAUCAGACGAAUGCUACGGAGCUCUCACGGAGUUCCAGCGAAGAAACCACCAAGAACAGUAGUGAGAAGCAAAGGAACAGCGAAGAGACAAUUGAUAAGCCACUGGAUCCGAAGGUGUCUCGCAACGGAACCCUGCGUAAUACGGAUUCGUUCUUCAAAGAUGAUAAUGCUGAGACCCGGAAGAUUACUCUUACCCCUAAUCUACUCCGAGAUGACUCAACCAAUGCAACAGCUCUGAGAGAGCGUGGACCUAGCCUCGAAAGUCUGGAGAAGAAUGGCUUUGCGGACAAGGUCAAAGACGAUAAGAAGAAAAAGAAGGAGAGGAAGUCGGGGAUGCUUGGUGGCCUGUUUAAGCGCAAAGAUAAAAAGAAGGGAGUACUGGAUUCCUUCGAUAGCGAUACGGAGAAGCGUUCGGAAGACUUUGGGCGCAGUUCCCCGCAAGGCAAAGACUCCACUGAGGGACGCCCAUCGACCGACCAAGUCCCAGGAUCACCCCAGCGUCAGCCGAGCAAGGGGAAACUGCAGAAACCGCAGCGCAGCAGGGACGAUUCGCCUUCGAAGAUUACCAAGGGUAUCCUGAAGAGUGAGGAUGGCGAAGCUGUUGCGCCAGAUGCUGCUCCCGGAACUACGGACAAUAUGUCGAGUGGGCAAUCCUCAUCUACAAUGCGUCUUGUCUCCCCCGAGCAGGAGGAAGCGUCGGGCACGACCAGCGCGUCUGGGAUGCAGUUGACAGAAAUCACCGCAGCGUCCGCCAAUUCCAAGAACAUGGUACAACGGCAGCAACAACCGAAUGUUAAACCACGCCCAGAGACCGUCAAACCAGCAAAGCAGCGAGUGCAACUGGACGACUUCGAUUCAGAGGACGAAAACGGCAAUCCAUUUGCGGAUCCUGUCGCAGCAGAUCGUCCGAUACAGCCCUCCCAUGCUCCACCAACAGGCCGCUUAUCUGAGUCUCCGGUACGCGUAACGACUGGCGACCUCCAGAUGGAGGAUGUGCCGCCAGACGAUAUUCAGGAAGCCGACCCUCAUCAGCCCCCUGCGCUUGCCGCGGACACAUCGAGCCAAGAGACGUCAUCCCCUAUCUCCACGCCGUCGCCUGACGGCAGCCCAUCAAUAGGUGCACCUUCAAAACAGACCCAACCCGCAGCUGCCUCCACUGAGAAUCCUUCCGCGGUUCUCGCACCUUCUCGGCCUGCGCCCGUAUCUACUAAGGAAGCCGACGCCUCGCCACCCAUCUCCUCGGAGAGCGCGACGCUUCCCGCCUGGUCCGACUCCUCGCUUCGGUCCUAUCUGGACGAUGGCAGCGAUAUCCGCGACACGCUAAUGGUCAUCCACGAUACUACGGGCGUUGUGCCUGUUGGGCGUGAUCACCCGCUCAUGUCGCAGCUUUACGUGGAGGAGUCAAAGACGCUUGAGCAAUUGAACGGAAGUCUAGAUCUCUUGUUGACGAGAUGGCUAGAGGAGAAAAGAAGGAGGCACAAGGGUGGUGCGCCUGUGAGAGCGAGGUAGUCGGGGUAGCGGGGGAGAUGGGAAU